GGCAACGAUCCAAGCCAAAACAAAGUAGACGCUGGCCUGCAGUUCCGUGGAUGUCAUUAGUUGUUCUGUUAGUUUGUUCUGAUUGCUAUUUUUUGUGCUGCUGUGCGAUCUCCGACGAUCUUCGAAGCAAUGAACAUCGACGUGGACGACUUCAUGCGGCGAUCGUCGACGGGGUACAACUUUCAGUACAUCAACGUUGGUAAUUUGGACCGAAUUAUUCGCAAUGUUCAGCGAAAUUCCGAUGCAACGAAAAAGGUUGAAUCGAAAUCCGUUAGUGAGGUUGGUCCUAGAUCACAAGCCAAUGGGAACGCUCGGUUGCUUUCCGAGGAUGAGAUCAACGAGAUUCUACGGGCGGCGGAAGAGGAUCUACAGGACAAGGAUCCCUAUCCGGUGGAGUUGACGGAAGUGGAUGAGAAUCAGAAGGAUUUGAAACCCGUCCAAGAUGGCCACGAUAGUGAUCAGACCGUGACUUCUUUUUCAUCGCGUUCUUCGUCGAUUUCAUCGAUCGUGAUCUCGUCAUCCAAGGAACUGAGGGAUCGCCAAUCGGACGAAGCAGCCGACGUUGAGGAUAAUCUGCGCUUCGAAGAAGAUGACUACACGUUGAAUGGCUUUGCGUUCAGUUCGAGUGAGUCGCAGCUCAACGUCGAACAGGAUAGGCAGAUUCAAAACUCGAUCGAUACCUGUUUCGAGUUCAUGGAUUCGGAAUCGAUCAUCGAGGAGGUGAUCUUAGAGCGCGAUGAGGAACGGGACGGAGAUUCGGAAGGAUCCGUGAAUGUGGCGCCCAUCAUAAGGGUUCGAUCACCCGUUAAGCCCGCUUCGGCCAUUAUCAAAACCUACGAACAGGAGUGUGAAGAACCGGUUAAUCAGGUUCAACCGGUGCUGGAUUUUGCCGCGAUCGAACGGAGCAACAAGAAUUCAAGAAGUGGUAGACAGUCGUUUGGACAGAAGAUCCCUUCCUUGGAACGGAUACGGCCUCCCUCGAGGAAGUCAUUAGUGGAGGAGUUUGACACGUUUAUCAAAAUAACAGAAUUACAGAAGAAAAUCUGUCUGAUGAUUGAUGAUGUUCGACACUGUCUCGGGAAGGUUGAAGAGCCUGAAGAUGAACUCGAGCUCAAGAAACGGGAGAAGCGUACCGCGGAGUUUCUCAUUCGAUUUCAGAGGAACUACCUGUACCAGAUCAAUCGGCUGGAAGAGGACGUUUGUGUGAUAUCCAAGAACUCCUCAGAGUUUGCUCAGAAGGUGUACCAACUGUACCGACUGAUCUACCAAGGACUGAAGUUUUACUUGAAGAACAUGAAAUAUUUUGUGAUUAGUGUAAGUCCCGAAAAGCUUUGGACCUUAGUGAAGCAAAUCAUGAGUUCUACGAAGCUUUGUGUUCAGAAAGAGAUCUUCGAUGAAGAUGAUCUGAUCGUGGAAGAAAUCUUUGAAAAGAGUCUUAAUCUGCGAAAGAGUUUGAAGGACGAAGCUAAUAAAUUGAAAAGUAAGAGCAAACGAGAAAAGACUUCGAAGGUCCAACCUGCCAAACCUUCCACGGCAUCUACGCACGUUACCAAACUGUCGAUGUAUGGAUCGACAAAUGUCGCCCAAAGGCGACGUCCACCACAACGAAGGAACGCAACUCAACCCGCCAAAACCCCAAACAACCGCAAACAGACUUCUUCCAAACCACCAUCCACCAAAGACAUUCCCAAGAAGACUCCCCGCGGUCGUAUCGUAGCCGUUCCGAUGACCAAAUCCAGUUCUUCCUCCCUCGGGCAAAGCAAAAGUUCCGUCCGGGUCCGAUCGGCCCGAACUCCGGCCAAAACCAUCGACGAUGUUGUCACGUUGAUCCAACAGCAAACGGACCCGCUGGCGGACUCGCCCCUUCUCAAGGAGGUGUCCAGUGCGUUAACCAAGAUGUCCUCCAGUCGAGAUGCGGCCAUCAGUCCGGAGGUGAACCAGCAGCUGCACCAGCUCAUCAUGGAGACUAUUCAGAACAUUACCCAGCAGCAGUUGAAGCAGUUGAUUCCGUCGCUGGAGCGUUCUACCGCCAAGACCAGCAACCAAAACCAACAGAACGAUCGAGCCGGCACGACCGGGAAGGAACCAUCCGUAGCGACCGAAGUUACGGGUGCAACUGACCAGACCAACCGUGUGGAAAAACGCUUUUCCACCAAGAGGCCAACCUCGCCCGAUCGGAAGAAAAACGCGGACGACAACACCCUAGAUGACGGUGGCGUAGGAAAUCGACAGAGGCGCACCUCGCCGUCGUCAGCAUCGCCAGCAACCCGCCAUCAUCGUGAUUGCGUGGGCGACAGUCAAAGUAGCGAUUCCGGUGCAGCUACUCCAGCAAUAAAACCGACCAACGCAGCCGUUGUCGUCGCACCGAAAGGUGUUGACUCGGAGAUUAGUGGGGGCAAGUUUAUCCUCAAUGAGUUCGAGGAUGGGUUUUCCGUGGACAACAACAAGCACCAUCACCACCAUAACAAGCCUGUCGGAAGUAUCGUGUCAUCGGGGAAGAUCACCAGCAGCAGAUUGACCGGAUCUGCGGCGGAGCAGAUGGGACGCGGCGGGCUGCUCGAGGACAGGAAAAGAAGUACCAGCACUCAGCGUAACCCCGGAGCAGGCCCGCGCCAGCAGAAAGUAAACUACUCGCAUAAUUUGCAAUAUCUGGAGAUCGUUUCACCGCCGGAUGACGACCGUACGCCAAACGCGCCAAAACCGGGCAGCAUUCCCGAGGUCCAGUCGCACAUCAAUCUGGCCGAGGAGGUGGCCCUAAAACAGCGCCAGCAGCGACGCCAGGAGAUGUACGGUCAGCUGAAGAAGCAAGUAUGUCGCGAUCGGAUGCGCACCCUUCGGCGGAUGGCGGAAAAUCCCGUGUACGUGAACGAUCACUUCGAUAGACCUUGGCAGACGGUUUCCCGCAUUUCCGACCAAUUGGUCGAGGAGCUGACGGAGGAAACCGUCCGACAGGGGUUGGACUUUGGGGAGGCGUCUUUCGUGGAGGACUUUCUACGCAUGCAGCUGGACGGGUGACGACGGUGGAGAAGGUGACGAAGUAAGCUGAAUAUUUUGGGGGAUGGUGGAAAGCGGAAAGGGUGUAUAUUUUGAUAGUAGUUACUUGACCUAUUAGGAUUUGUUAAUUGAAUAAACUAGGUGUCAGUAGAUGGCUCCAGUCCUGCA